AUGAACCUGCAACAACCAGAUCUCCUCACCCUCAUCCUUGAGUAUCUGUCCGAUGUCCUUCCUUCUCCUCUAUACACCCUCUUAGUCAAAGUGCUCUCACAUUCCUUUGCCGCCCUCACAGCCAUAAGACAGCUCUGCACCUCGCUGUUAUCAAACAAUCCUGCCAACUGGAAUGCGCAAGUUCUAUUGCCACCAAUCAUCACCAUCGUUGUCGCCUACUUGGCGCUUCUCAGUCUGUACCGCACCACCUCGUGGCUCAUUCGCCUAAUAUUCUGGUGCUUGAAAUGGGGUUCUCUUUUCGGUGUCUUCAUGGCUGGAGUGGGGUAUUUCAUCGGCAAUGGCAAUGGGAAUGCAGUCCGUGUGCAGGGUGCCCUUCCAGUCCUGGAAAACUUAUUUUCGACACUAUUUGACGACAAGGACGGUCUUCCUCGCUCACGACAGAAGAAAUCACGCAAACAUAAGCCCAAGUCGCAACGACCCAAACCAUGGGAAUCAUUCAAUGUCCAUGAACAGUGGCAAUAUCAAGAGAAUCAAGAACCAGGCGAGGAUCCACAUUUGCAAAAGGUGAUAGACAUGGCAACUGGCGCGGUGGGAAAGAUUUUCACAGGGCAAUGGUGGACUGUAGAAAACGUUGCGGACAAACCAAAGUCAGACUCCACCAAAACUAAAGCCCCCGCAGGAAGAUCGCGUUCACGAUAG